CUCCGAGCAAAAGGAGACUCUCCACUGCAAGCACAGUCCCCAUCUCUCUCUGUCUCUCUCCCUAAAUUGGUCUUUUCCUUCUUCUACAGCUUUCUUAGCUUCUCGUGGUGGCAGAAGUGCUAACCAUUUUCCGAGCCGCCAGUCGCAAUCUCUCCGCCGCCGCUGCCGCCUUAACUCCGGCGAACUCCAGCUUCACAGCUCAUACUUCUCUCCAGUUCGUCUUCUAGCUCGAAAGUUCCGUCCUUUCCUUUCUCCAAGCUUAGAUCUUUCUCCAUUUGUGCGGAACAUGAGUCCCCCGUCUCAUCUUCCCUUCUCCUUCUUCUUCCUCCUUCCUCUGCUGGUUCUCUCCGCAACCCCAACCCUAAACGACGACGUCCUAGGUCUAAUCGUCUUCAAGGCGGACCUCAAAGACUCAGAUUCCAAGCUCUCAUCUUGGAACGAAGAUGACGAGACCCCCUGCAACUGGUUAGGAGUCAAAUGCGAUCCCAUCUCCAACCGAGUUUUGGAGCUCACCCUCAAUGGACUCUCCCUCUCCGGCAAGCUCGGUCGCGGCCUUCUGCAACUUCAAAACCUCCAGACCCUUUCUCUUUCAAGAAACAACUUAUCCGGGUCCCUAAUGGCGGAACUUCUCCGCCUGGAGAGGCUUCAGAGCGUCGAUCUCAGCCAUAACAGCUUCACCGGGUCAAUUCCUGAUGGAUUUUUCUCACAAUGCAGGUCUGUUAGGUUUCUCUCUCUAGCCAACAAUUGGUUUUCAGGGGAGAUUCCUUCUAAUGUUGGCUCUUGCUCCACUCUUGAAGCACUGAACCUUUCCUCGAAUUUUUUCUCUGGUUUUUUUCCGGCUGAAAUUUGGUCUUUGAAAGAUCUCCGGUCUUUUGAUCUGUCCGGUAAUGGCGUCGCCGGUGAGAUUCCGGUAGGGAUUGGCCGGCUGGUUAAUCUUAGGUCGGUGAGCUUAAGAGGGAAUAAGCUCUCAGGGAGCUUGCCUGAGGAUAUUGGGGAUUCUGUGCUCCUGAACUCCGUUGAUCUUAGUGGGAACAUGCUUAUUGGUUCCCUUCCGAACUCCUUGCAGAAGCUUUCUAUGUGCGUUCAUGUAGGAUUAAGCUCCAAUUCCUUCUCCGGCGAGCUUCCAGAUUGGAUUGGAGAAAUGAGCAGUCUUCAAUCUUUGGAUUUGUCACAAAAUCACUUUAUGGGACAGAUUCCAGGUUCUAUUGGUCAUCUUCAAGCUCUGGAAGAACUCAACCUUUCGAAAAAUAACCUCACGGGGGGUCUGCCGGAAUCCAUGGCUAACUGCACAAAGCUUCAGGAGAUGGAUUUGAGUCACAAUUUUCUUACUGGAAAUCUGCAACAAUGGGUCUUCCAACUGAGGCUAAGAAAGCUCAUGGCUGCUGAGAACAGAUUCAGUGGAUUUAUACAGAUUCCUGGGACGAGUUCUUCAACAUUGAGCGUGUUAGAUCUCUCCAUGAAUACCUUCUCUGGAAAUAUUCCAGAAGAAAUGUCAUCCAUCCAGAGCUUGCAGCUCUUGAAUCUAUCCUCAAACAGAAUAUCAGGCUCUAUCCCACCAGCUCUUGGUGAAUUGAAGAACAUUGAAGUUAUUGAUUUGAGUGGGAAUCAGCUCAGAGGCAGCAUUCCACCUGAGAUUGAAGGAGCAGUUGGCUUGAAAGAGCUAAUUCUGUCAAAAAACUCCAUUAGUGGAGUAAUUCCUGGCAAGAUUAGUAACUGUGUCUCCCUCACUUUGCUGGACCUUUCUCGGAAUAAUCUCAUUGGCUCCAUUCCUCCAAGCUUAGCCAAUCUCACCGAUCUCCAAAAAGUUGACCUUUCUCUAAACAAGUUCACAGGAAGCCUCCCAAAGCAACUUGGGGACCUUCCUCACCUCCUCUCCUUCAACAUCUCCCAUAACAACUUCUCUGGCGAUCUUCCGGCCGGGAACUUCUUCAACACCAUUUCCUUCUCCUCCAUCUUCUACAAUCCCGGCCUUUGCGGGGCUGUCGUCAAUCGCUCGUGCCCCGCCUUUCUCCCCAAGCCCAUCGUCCUUAACCCCAAUUCCUCAUCUCCUUCCUCUCCCUCUUCGAGCAACGCUCUCCCUGCUGACAAUUACCAUCACAAGAAGAUCAUCUUCAGCAUAUCCGCUCUAGUCGCCAUUGCCGCCGCCGCCAUCAUCAUCCUUGGUGUCAUCACCAUCUCUAUUGUAAACCUCGGAGUGAAAACCUCGGCUUCACAUUCCGCCACCGCUGCUUUGGCCGUCAGUGAUGACUACUUCCGGCAAUCACCCACCACGGAUUCCAGCUCGGGAAAACUAGUCAUGUUCUCUAGAGAUGACCCUGAGUUCUGCGCCGGCGCUCAUGCUUUACUGAACAAGGAUUGCGAGCUCGGUCGAGGCGGCUUCGGCACCGUGUACAAGACGGUGCUCCAAGAUGGCCGCCCUGUGGCGAUCAAAAAGCUCACAGUUUCAAGCGUGGUGAAAUCCCGACAAGACUUCGAGCUGGAGGUGAAGAAGCUGGGGAAAUUGCAGCAUCCCAAUCUUGUCACCCUUGAAGGGUAUUACUGGACUUCUUCCCUGCAACUCAUGAUAUAUGAGUAUGUAUCUGGUGGUAGUUUAUACAGCCUCCUCCAUGAAAGCUCUACUAGUAGAACUCUCUCAUGGCAAGAACGGUUCGAUGCGAUUCUCGGGAUGGCGAAGAGUUUGGCUUACCUUCACCAGCAUGGCGUGAUACAUUACAACGUGAAAUCAUCAAAUGUGCUGCUUGACGAAUCCGGCGAGCCGAAGGUUGGAGACUACGGGCUGGCGAAUCUAUUGCCGAUGCUCGAUCGGUAUGUGCUCAGCAGUAAGAUUCAAAGCUCAUUGGGUUACAUGGCGCCGGAAUUCGCUUGUAGGACAAUGAUGAUUUCUGAGAAGUGCGACGUAUAUGGAUUCGGAGUGGUUGUACUCGAGAUAGUGACGGGGAGGAAGCCGGUGGAGUAUGGAGAGGAUGAUGUAAUUGUUCUCUGCGACAUGGUGAGGGGAUUGCUUGAUGUUGAUAGGGUUGAGGAUUGCAUGGAUGUGAAGCUGUGUGGUAAGUUUCCAAUGGAGGAGGCUGUACCGGUGAUCAAGCUAGGGCUGAUUUGUGCUUCGCAGGUGCCAUCGAGUCGGCCGGAUAUGACGGAGGUGGUUAACAUACUGGAGCUGAUCAGAUAUCCUCAGGGGACAUCAGAGGAAGAAUUGAGUUGAAGUUUUGGACAUAAAAUCAUCAAUUUUUUUUUUUUUUGUGAGUUUCAGUGAUCUGAGAAGUGGUAGAGAGAAAGAAGAAGAGAACAGUGUUUUCUGGUGAGGAGGAAUCCGGUUCUUGUUUCUGGAUUUAAAAUUUAACGGUCGAAUUUGUGCUAUGAUUAUUGUUGCCGGAUUUCUUUUCACCAUGCUGUGCUUUUGAUUUGGUUAGUUCUGUUGUUAGGGUUUUGGUUGUUGUUUGUUGGUUUCAAGCUUUCUGAUUUCUAACGGUCUAAUUCUCUAAAGACCUUCAAGCU